GGGCUGGCCCAGUUGAGUUUUGGCUGCGAAACCGUAAGGUCUGCCCAAAAUGUUUAGCCGCUGUCUAAUUAUCACGGAGCUUCUGCUGCUCUUGGCGCUGUCUCCCGUCGCGCUGGCCUACUUCGAGGGCUGCGAUAAUACGUACAACCUGAAUCCGGGCACAACGUACGUGGAGUCCCCCUACUAUCCCAGCAGCUAUCCCGCGGGAACAUCCUGUCGCUACAAGUUCAAGGCACCCGUGGACUAUUCCGUGCAGGUGCAGUGCACCAUUAGUCUGCCCCAGAACAAUGGCCAGUGCAGCUCGGACAACUUCUGGCUGGAUCCCGAGGGAGACCUGUUGAUGCGCGGUGCCGAGAACUUCUGUGGCAGUGGCAACUUCGCCAGGGAGUCUCUCUUCACCGAACUAGUCUUCGCCUACAUCUCGACGGGCGGGCAGGGGGGCAACUUCAAGUGCACCCUGACCACAGCCAGGCAGAACUGCAACUGCGGCUGGUCGAUCAACUCCCGCAUUGCCAAUGGCCAGCAGGCCGCGGACAAUGAGUUUCCCAGCAUGGUGGCCCUCAAGGACGUCACCAGCCAGCAGGCUUCCUUCUGCGGCGGUACCAUAGUGUCCCAUCGCUACAUCCUGACCGCCGCCCAUUGCACGCUGCAGAUCAAGCAGGCCAUCAAUAUUGUGGCUAUUGCCGGAACCAACAAUCUUCAGAACCCUUCCAGUUCAAGGUACUACCAGCAGUAUGCCAUACAGCAGAUGAUAACCCAUGAACAAUACGAGGAUGAGCCCGAUGUGAAGAACGAUAUUGCAGUUCUCAUAACAGCCAGCAACAUUCUUUGGUCACGUGGUGUGGGUCCCAUCUGCCUGCCGCCUGCUGGCACCUCCCAGACAUUUUCGUAUGAAACUGUCGAUGUGAUUGGCUGGGGCACACUCUUCUUUGCCGGACCCACAUCCGCCAGCAUGCAGAAGAUCAACCUGAUGGUGGUGAACAACCAGGACUGCCAGACCGAAUAUAACGAUGUGGCUGCAAUAUAUCCAAAUCAGAUUUGCACUUACGACUACUCGGGCAACGCCCGCGACUCCUGCCAGUACGACUCUGGCGGACCCGUCAUCCUGCGCUCCUCCAAGCAGUUCCUGCUCGGUAUCAUCAGCUUUGGCAAGAGCUGUGCCGCCAACUCGUAUCCCAUGGGGGUGAACACACGAAUAUCUUCCCACAUCAGCUGGAUACGUCAGAAGAUUGGCUACUCCAAUUGUGUGGUCAGCCUCUGAGACGAGAAUAAAUGUGUGUGACUGGGAACUUGGUUCGUUGAACA